GAAGAAGUCUUUUUCUUCCCUUCCUGAGGAAAGGACCUUCAGAGUGGGAACUAUCCUUGUGUCCUACUAGCUCCCAAGUUCCUUUCCUUUGGAGUUCAAAAACCAUGGGGCCAUUGAAAAAAGAAGAGGAAGAGCAGAGCAUAAUCCUGAUCAGUGAUGAUGAAGCUGAGAGCACGCUUGGAAAUUCAGUUCUGUUAGUAGACCCACUGGAGAAGACUGCCCUGGGAGAGGAGAAAUCUGAACAAGUUGUGGAUGAGGAAUGUGAACUCAUGGUUACUUUCUGUAAACAAGGAAAAGUGAUGCCUCAUGCGAGAUAUGACUGUACAAUACACCCCUUUGAGCGAAUGGAAUGUGAUACAUGCUCACCCCUUGGGAAAAAUGCUGAUAUUUGUAAUCAAUGCUACUGCUACAUUUGUGAUAAACUAGCUUCUGAGUGCCAGAAUUGGACAACCCCUUCCCUCUGUCACUGCAAUGCACACAACAAAAGCAAAUUCUGGAAGGACCAGCGUGACUUUGCCUUGGCUGGUGUUCUUGUAAUGUUCAAUUUGGAGCUCACAGAUAUAGACGCAGACCUUCAGCAUGGUGGAAGUCUUCUACUAAAAUUUAUUCAGGAACUUUCUGUGGAAUACAAUAAGUAUCUGGUUGGAGAAAGAAUGCCUCCCACAGAACAUGAAUGCUUUUGCCUCCCAAAAUUGCCUCCUGGGCAAUGCAAUACCUGCAGAUCACGCAACAUGGAGGUUGUAUACAAGUAUUCUGGAGUUUUUGCGCUGGUAACGAGAUUUUUAAAUCAGGCAGAAAGAGAGAGUCCUAAAGCUGCUGCUGUCAUGUUUCUGGGAGCAGCUAAAGAGAUAGCGCUUCAUAAAGACCCUGCUUUAAGCUGGCAGAACCUCGGUCAUACUGCUUCAUUAAAGAUUGCUGUCCCUUGUCUGUUGCAAAGGAUCACAACACAACUUCAGAGGAUGCUGGUGUUGUGUGACUUUCCAAAAAAUUUGUAUGAAAAGUUUGUUAAUUUUUUUCAGUCCAUCUCACUUCCAUGUCACUGUUUUGGCUUCUCAAAUAGCUUGAAUGUUGUGCCGUGGGACCAUGUAUUGCUGACCACAGUUUUAAAAGGCCAGAACAUCACCGGUCAAAGAACGCAGAAAGGAAGAAAAGUGUUUCUGUGGGAAACACUCCCUGUUAUAGAGGCUCGAGUGGAGAAAUUAGUAGAGAAAAAGAACUAUAAAGAAGUUGUUCGCUACCUGAGAGCUGUGAAAUGCAGUGAUACUAAAGGGUUAAGAGACCUUCGAGAUAAAAUCCCAUUCUAUUUGUGUAAAACUGGAGACUUCCUUGACGCUGCGCAUUCGCUGUUGUUUCCCGUCAACAGCCUCGCCUGCUGUACUGCCUGCCGGAUAACACCCUUUCAGUUUGAGGUCUACCUGAAGAUGUUCAGAACAGGCAGUGUCCCCUCUGGAAAGGAUAUGCUAGACUCUGGACCCUGGAUUACAGUUGGCAAGUGUGAUUUCUUGCUUACAUAUGUUUAA